AUGGAUGCCUGCUCCGGCUACAACCAAAUCAUGAUGAAUGAAGACGACAAGGCAAAGACCUUCUUCAUCAUCAAAAGAGGUACAUAUUGCUACAAAGUGCCCUUUAGGUUGAAGAACGCCAGAGCAAUCUACCAAAGGCUGGUGAACAAAAUUUUCAAGGAGCAAAUCAGCAAGACUAUGGAGGUCUACGUAGACGACAUGCUAGUCAAAGCUCCGAAGUGA